AUGCCCUCCUUGUUUCUCCAUUCCAUUCUUGCCCCCAUCUACAUUCCGGUCUACGCCUUUUACUUUAGCUCCCUCGAACGCCUUCACUUUGCCAGUCUUGCUCCGGCUCCCCCUCCGUCAUCCACACAUAUCGACAUCUACUUUGACCAUCCAGACACUGCACCCACACCAAAGACAUUGAAGCAGCGCCGCAAGGAACGUCAAGCUAGACUUGCAUCCGACCAAAUUUCCGACCGCGUCAAGAGACGGCCUUCCCGCCGUGCCAAUUUCCGCGCUUCGACGAGCUCCUCCGUCUACGUACGGCUGCCCGACAAGAUUAGGAAGAGGCACUUGACUACCGAAGAGCAAAUUGUUGCUUCCCGAAACCGGAGACACGACAUCAUCCUUGACCCGGCUGAUGAGGCCAUUUACAAAGUUCGAAGACGAGCCUCCAGCCUGAUUGUUCAAGACGAUUUGUGGAGUCCGACUCUAUCGGUGAGACCUUCGACGAUGGAGUCUCGACGGCCGAGCCAGGAGACGAGGAAACAAAUGCCCAAGUCGGAAGAGAAGAAGUCCCCUCAAGUUCAGAAGAAGCGGGACUCAUUCUACGACAGCUUCCGUUGGUUGGAGGAGGAUGACGACCUAGACCUGCGUUUACAUCUGGACGACUACCACGCCAAUUUGCGAGAAGAUCUACCGGCCAACUCGAAACAGCGCAGGCCGUCGUUUCGCAGGCACCUUUCCAUAUCAAAGAUACCUUUUGGUCGCAACUCUCUCUCUACCAACCGCCCCGGUACGACACCCGCCGGUGCCAGCCAUCCCACGACUCCGCUGUUUUCGAGCUCUCCGGUCAGCCCCCAGACAAGUUCUCCGGGCCACGGCCGGCGGAGAUCGCGGGCGCUGUCCCUGAUUACACCGAAGCAUAGUCCCCGGGACACUGUGGCCGCCUUUGACCCAGAGGCUGCACACUACCAAGAUCCCGAGGCCCGCCUGAAGCUGCGGGUAUAUCUGGCCUCCCCUCAAAAGUUUGACGAGGCCAUCGAGUUUGGGUUUCCUUCAAAAGAAGCCAUGGUCACCAAGCCUGGCAAGGACGUCAAGCAACCGAGACACAGACAAUCCAAGGCAGCGUUGGUGGACGAGUCAGAAAACCUCCGCACCUUUCUCGCCGACGAUCGGUCGUCGAUCUUCAGCGAUGAUGGAUCCCUUGAUUCGGAUUCUCCCAAGACACCCCAUACAGUGGAGAUGACAGCGCUCCGGCCGCCGCCCAUCAAGAGCGAUCAGCUUCACUCACCCAAACCAUCAACGGAAUACGCACGGAUGCCGGCAGAGGCGAGAGAGAUGACACUUCGCAUGACCCUCACCCGACCCGACCUCCGAGCCCACGAAGAUCAGAUGAAAUCCCAAUCCAACGGCUUACGAGACGAAUUUCCGACGUCGACAUACGUCCGAGAUGCAUCGUCAAAGGAGAGCAUAGAACGUCAGUUCGCGGCCAUGGACCAAGAAAACGCUCAGGCCAACGACCGAGGCGUCAUGAAGCGUUUUUGGAACAAGGUCCGGCGAGGGCCGGCAUAG